GUUUUAUUGUUUACGUUUGAAAAAUGGAAAUGACAACAAAAAAUUCAGUUUUGUACAAUAAUAACUACUUCCAUAAAAUAUUUAAGAAGAUAUCUGAAAAGAAAAGCAGAAAUGAGGUGAUAACAACAGAAAUUGAUUGGAUUAAUAGUCAAAUAAUCAAUGAUAAUAGGAAUAUUUGUAUAAAUGCUUGCAAUGUUCUGAUAAAAUUUGGAAAAAGACAUGAUUCAGGCUUUGCAAUAAAUACACUGGUUUCUAGUUAUUCUCGAAUUAAGAACGACAAUUUUGAUAUCAUAUCUGAUGCUGUAUUCAAUUUGUUACUGGAAAAUGUUAAAGAAUCAGCUUGUCAGUUUGGAAUCGUUAAUAAACCACAUCCAGCAUUAAUUUUUAUCAACGAAACAAAUACAGCAAAGAUGAUCUAUCUUUCAAAGAAAAUUGAGGAUAUAAUAUCAAGUCCUGAAAGAUCUUGUGUCAAUUUUCUUCGUCCUAUAUUACUAAUGAUCCUCUGCAAUAAUGAGACAAUUUAUGCUGAAUCAAAGAGUAUCUGGAUGUCAGUAAUGGAUAAUGGAAAUGAAAACCUAAUAAGAGAUAUUAUUGCUUUGAGAAGAGUAACUUCACCAGUUUCCUGUAUGCUCUACAAUUCUAUGAUCAUUUCAAAAUUUAUAAAGACCAAGAAUAUUGAAAAUUUACUUCUCUUGCUGUCAUCCACAAAAUAUAUUGUUGAAAGCUCAUUAGAUCCUUCCACAAAUAUUGAUAUUCUUGUAGAAAAUCAUGACAUUAUAAUAUCUAAUCCAAAUUGCAUCAAUAUGAUUUUAUUCCUUAUUGCUGAAAUUCUUCAAAACUGCUCAGCUACAUUUAUUCCAAAACUGUUAAAGCUUUUGAACAUCCUACUCAUUCAAGUUAAAGUAGGACAUCCAAUGUUUUUAUACAUGAUUCUAGAUGGUUUAAUACAAAUUCUUGCCUAUCCAAUUUUAAGUGGGAGUGAAAUCGCAAAAGUAGAAGAGCUUGUUAAUUACAUAAGAUGUGGAGAAAUUAGUAAACAUUUCUCAGGGGUCACAAGAAAGUUUUCAUCGUCAUUUCUUCCUGACUUUAAUCUGGUUAAUGCUUAUGAUGCAUGUAUUUUUAUUGAAGAAAAUAACCCGUGCAAAUUAAAAAGAAUUAAAAUGAACUAUGAAAGAAUGUACUGGACGAGAAAUCAGCUAAUAUUACGUGGAUAUCUGCACUCAAAUAAAUUGAAAAAUGAGGACUAUGAAAAUUGGAAUAAUGCUUUGAUGAAUUUAAUUGAAGUUUCGAAGACUGAUGAUGUUUUAAAAAGUUCUCUGGUGAUGCCUUUAUUAUUUGAAUUAUCCCAAAGCUUUAAUCCUAAAAUUAAAGUUUCUAUCCUACAAAAUAUAACUGAUUUGGGAGCAUCGACUGAAAUAUUUUGUACAAUUAAAGCAUUAUCAGCAGGAAUGAUUCGAUCUAUGUCAAUAACUUUACAUCUAAAAUUGUGGAAAAAGGAGCCUAGAAUUUAUCCAUUUCUUCACAAAUGUCUUGUGGAAAAAUCGAUUCAUGAUUCCGAAGACUUUAAUUUGAACAUUGUGAGAGCAGAUACAAUUAAACAAAUUUGUGACUUGAAACCUCAUCAUGGAUCUGAUCUAGUCACUAUUAUUUCUGAAAUUUUAAAUCAAUCAUUAGAGUCAAAAACUGAGGAAGUUGCUGCAUCCUUGGCAAUAGAUUCUAUCAGCUUUUUAUGCUUAAAUCAUAUUAUUUCGAUUACAUCGACAUGGAAAGCAAUAAGUUUAACUACAAGGUACGAGAAACGUCCUCGAGUAAUCAAAAGUUUAUGCAAUUUCUUUUCGACGGUGCCACAAUUCAAAAGGAACAAUUUAGAGUAUGAAACAUUCAUGAAGGAUAUUGUAAGUCGUAUAUUUUACAUGAUACAAAGGAGUGAUGUUCAUGGAAUUAAUUGUGCCUUAAAUGCCUUUAAAAGUUGGACUUAUGAUACUCUUACAUUAGACAUGAUACCUGACACUUAUCGUGAAAAUAUUUCUUUGCCGGAAGCACCAACUGGAAUGGAAGUAUCAAUGCUAGACUUGGAAGUUCCUGGCGAAUGCUACGUUCAAUUAUUAUCAAAGAUUAAUCCACAUUGUUUGCAUUCAGUUGGUGAUCUUAUUAGUCAUUUUAUCAGACAAGAAAUUUCAGAGUAUCGUUCAGGACAUUACUUGGUCAAAGAAGGACAUGCAGAACCAAUAAAUUAUAAAACUUUACCCAAACAAAGCAUCGUAAAGGCAUUGACACAUUUUGUAAUUCAACAAGCAAUGACAAAAAAGGUUGAUAAACUUGUGGACGAGACAAUUCUGAUUGAAGCUUUAAAUAUUUUGUCUCAAAAGUACUCACGACCAUUACCUCCAUUAAAUUGGACUUUUUUGCACGAACUAGUUCAUAAAGGAAAGGCAAUUAGAGCAAAAUGCAUGGCAGUUGCUUCAAAACAAGCUAUAAUUUCAGGAACUGCGAAACGAUUGAUUGAAAAUUUUCUAAUCAACAUUGAUGAAAGUAGUCACGAGGAUAUUGAAAUAGCACUAGACAUUCUAGUUGAUCUAUGUAAUGGCGUAUCGAAUGAAAUUCUAAAAUUAUUCUUAGACAAAAUCUUCACGUGCCAUAGCGAUAAACUUGACGAGGAAAUUCUCAAGCUAUUGAGUCAUGAAAAACACGUCACAAAUCGUGAAAAUCUUACGAUGAUUAUUUCUACAUUUAUAAAUAGAGUUACAUCACCAAGUAACAAUAUCGUUAGACUGAUUCCUUCAAACAUAUUAAAUGCGAUUCCGAUUAUGUCUGAGAAUAAAAUUAAGUAUAGAUGCGAAAUUUUAAAGGAAAAUGUGAAUGUUGAAAAUUCAGUCGCAUGGCUAAAUGAGUUGCUGCUAGAACAAUAUGCGAAAAAUGAAUUUCGUGAUAUUUUAUCUACUUCCUUCAUUGAGCUUUUAACAUCCACUAAAUCCUUUCCUACGAAAAAGUGGCUUAAUGAAUUUAUUAUUGUUAUACAGAACAAGAUGAUAGAGAAAGAUACAGAUAUUGAGGGAUUGAAAUAUCUCUUGGACAUGAUGCUUACUGCUGUUGUAUGCAUGUCCGGAUAUUUUAUUGCAGAUGCUAAUUGUAAUAUUUUUAAGAAUCGUUACGCUUUAUUUCCACAAAGUUUAUGGCUUUAUUGCUCACAAGACAAAAAUUCAGACAUAACACCAAGUUUGUUUGAAUUUUUUGUUUACUCAAUGAAUCAACAGAGUUCCAUAUCAAAAGAAAUUAGGUCAGUUUUUAAAUCUGCAAUUGUAUUGUGCAAAAAUCAUUGCUACUUUAAAAAGUCAAAAGCAUGGCAUAAUUUCCUUCAAGUAAGUUGCAAUGCCAUGAAUUAGAAACAGCCAUGACGUUAAUUAUUAAUUUUACAAUUAUUUUGCGUCGACGAAAAGCUUAUCAAAGUUGUAACGAACUAUGGAAAUGAAAUAAAGAUGAUCACAUGUUGG